CGUGGCUCAAAAUUGCACUCAUAAGGUAUGCACAAUAUGCGCGAACAAGAAACUAUCAUCGGCGAAAGCUAUGAAGCUGAUUAGUGUAGAAUCUGCUGUAGAUAAGCGAUGCAUACCGCAACCACAAGCGAGUUUGAUGCGACCGAGGGGUAGUAUGAUUCUGAAGUCAAUGGACAGCUCGAUAAUAAUCAGCCAAACGCCGCCCUGUGACGCGCACACGCUUAACUGCAUCAGAAGGAGCGUCUCGAGACUUCUUAUUCGGCGUAACAGAACGAGAAAACGAAAUGGUUGGAAAGGUGCAUUUCCGGAAAGUGUGCGUGUCGGGUAUCGAGCACCGCAACUGCCAACACACCGCUGUAUGAUCAACAAGCAAGCCAAAUCAUAAUAAUCAAUCAUCUUCUUGUGCCGUUUCACUGAGCCUUGUCGAGACUCGGACAGUUUCGGUCACAGGCCAUUGCGUGGAGACAGAGCCUCGCCCGCCACCUCAAUGACAGACAUAAGCCGCCGAAACCAGCAAUUAUCAAGUUGGCUGUCCCCCCGCAGGGUUCGAAAUAGCUCAACAGAGACAACAACCAAACACUAAGUGGUAACGUCAGCGGCAGUUUCAUGUGUAUAUAUAUCAUCAAAUAAGUGAGGGUUGAUAGGAACAAAUCCCACGUGUGUCAGCCAACGAUAGACGCUCCCGCUCCCAUGAACAUAAUCCAGAGGCGCAAGACUUGGAAUCAUUGCUUAGUAUUGUCAUCUGAUAAUCUCGAUCUCGGCUGCUAAUGUAAGCUAUAUGGCCGCAGCGAUCAGCGACCUCUGGACCGGCAACGGUCCCGAGGGUUGUAUAAGAUAGAAUAUCCGCAUUUCUCGACAGAGUUUUCGAAAUGAGAAGAGCACUUCCAGGCUCUCAUUGCUGUAGGUCUCUAUCUACAGUCAUCCGAAUCAUCAGCGACGAGCGCGUGAUUUAAGACACUGCCCCAAGAGGAAGCCAUCACCCCUGAUAAUGAGAAAUAAAUACUCAAAAUACCUCGAAUCGACAGUCCUUAGAGGGACAUGCUUCUUGGAGACAGACUUGCACCAGCAGAGAAUGCAUUUCUGAAGUGACACAUCGGGAAAGAUGACUGUCGGAGUUUGGCGGCGUGCCAAGAGGUCCUCCGAGCACGGGACUUGGACGUCACUGAGUCCCCACUAUCAACUGUCUCUGCAAACCAAUUUGGAUGGAGUGUGGUCUCAAAUUCCCUGGACAUUUAUAGAAUCAUUACCAGCGCACAUCAAAUCAUGGAGGCGCUCAAGGCAGUCUUCUUUGGACCAGAUCCGCAAGCACAGAUGCGAAAAUGCAAUCAGCUCAUUAGACAAAACACCCGACAGCUCGAUCGCGAUAUCGCAGGACUAAAGGCUCUAGAAACCAAAACGCGACAAUUAAUCGUCAAUGCCUCUCGACGAGCUCAAAGGAAUCCCUCACAGGCGAAACAGGCUACCGCAGAAACUAAGACAUAUGCACGCGAAUUAUUGCGCAUCCGAAGACAGAAUACACGACUAACGACGAGUCGAGCACAACUGCAGAGCGUACAAAUGCAAGUAAAUGAGGCAUUCUCAGUGCGGAAGAUACAAGGCAGUCUCCAGAAAUCGGCCGGCAUCAUGAAGGACGUAAAUACGCUUGUGCGUAUGCCAGAGCUUAAUGCGACGAUGCGGCAGCUUUCAACGGAGCUCGUGCGUGCCGGUAUUAUUGAAGAAGUGGUGGAUGAUGCUCUACCCAAUGAUGAGCUAUUGGAAGAUGAAUUGGAAGAGGCAGAAUCGGAAAUCGAUAAGGUCCUACAGGAAGUGCUUCAGGGUAAGCUGUCCAAGGUCGAACCCGUCCGGCCAGAUAUUCCUGUGGAAGAAACAGUUACUCCUCAAGAAGAGUUCGAAGAUCAGGAAGAAACGCUUGCACAAAUGCGAGGCCGUCUGGAAGCUCUAAAGAGUUGAUCACGUAUUACGAAUUCAAUCAGCGGUUUGCUUUAUUGUUAUUCUCUCUGGUUUCAUGGCGCAGGUUGGGAUAUCAUUUAUGAAAGCAAAUUACUUGUAUGAUCGUUUGAGCUUUGGUUUCUUCCCUUGGGCGCACAUGUCAUUGGCUUGGUUGUUAAUAAAUAAACUUAUAUUUAUUCGCUGUAUACAUUCGAUAUCAUAUCAGGCAUUCUAUUACUUGUCUUUCCGUUUCCUUUAUCGGAGGUACUUCGAUCUUGGUCGUCAGGAAGAUGCGUCAAAUGUUUGGUAAUGACCUUGAUCUGGAUUCUGGACUAUCUAGAACAAUAGCUUUCAAAACAUUCAGACUUCAGUC